GCGAAAACAGUCAUUCAGUGAUGCAGAAGCUAAUACGCUCAACAUCAACAGCAAACAGUGAGAUUUAAAGGCACAUAUAAACCUGUGAUAUACACAGAAAAUAUAUACGUAGCUGCACAACACUGCCGAGCUGUUCGUGACGGAGUAAAACAUGGUAUAAAAGUCCAGCUCUUCUGUCCAAACCAUAAAGACUCCGCAGUUCUGCCAGCAUGUCAGGUAGCUACACUCCGGCCCCUGGGGGCCCUUUCUCGGCUCUCACGCCCAGUAUGUGGCCCCAGGACAUCCUGGCCAAGUACUAUCAGAAAGACCAGAAUAUGGAAUCAGAACCUCAGUAUGAUGAAUUUGGCUUCAGGAUUGACAGUGAAGAUGGCGUAGAAUCACGUGAGUGGCUGCGGGGGGAUGGAGCUCCACAGAGAGAAGACCCACAGCAGAGGCUGCGCUGGCAGGCCCACCUGGAGUUUACCCACAACCACACAGUGGGCGACCUCACCUGGGACAAAAUCUCUCCGAGCCUGCCGCGCUCCGAACGGCUCCGAUCACUCAUACUGGGCGGAAUUCCACACAGCAUGAGACCACAGUUAUGGAUGCGUCUAUCGGGGGCCCUGCAGAAGAAAAGGACUUCAGAGAUUUCCUACAGAGAAAUCAUUAAAAACAGCUCAAAUGAUGAGACCACAGCAGCCAAACAGAUAGAGAAGGACCUUUUGCGGACGAUGCCCACUAAUGCGUGUUUCAGCACUCUGAUGAGUGUUGGCGUGCCCAGGCUCAGGCGGGUACUCAGAGGGUUGGCAUGGCUCUACCCAGACAUCGGCUACUGCCAGGGUACUGGCAUGGUGGUGUCGUGCUUGCUGCUGUUUCUGGAGGAAGAGGAUGCUCUGUGGAUGAUGUGUGCAUUGAUUGAGGACCUGCUGCCUCCAUCUUACUUCUCCUCCACACUGCUGGGGGUACAGACGGACCAGCGCGUUCUCCGACAGCUUAUAGUGCAGUACCUGCCCCGCCUGGAUCGACUGCUGCAGGAGCAUGACAUCGAGCUGUCUCUGAUCACUCUGCACUGGUUCCUCACCUCCUUCGCCAGCGUGGUGGACAUCCGGAUCCUGCUGAGAAUCUGGGACCUGCUCUUCUACGAGGGAUCCAUCGUGCUUUUCCAGGUCACACUGGGCAUGCUCAAAAUCAAGGAGGAGGAGCUUGUGUCAUCAGAGAAUUCGGCGUCCAUCUUCAACACGCUGUCUGACCUGCCCAGUCAGCUGGAGGAUGGGGCGGCGGUGCUCGGGGAGGCCGUGAGGCUGGCUGGCUCACUUUCUCAGGAAACGCUGGACGCUCACAGACACAAACACCUGGCCUACAUCCUGGCCGAACAGGCCCAGCUCAACUCGAACAACUCUCAUUCGCUUAACACCAACCUCAACAAGGUGGUCCGCAGACAGAGCCUGCGCAGGAAGUCCACGCUGAGCUCGCUGCUGUUCGGGGAAGAUGAGGCUGAAGCACUGAAGGCCAAAAACAUCAAACAGACGGAGCUGGUAGCCGCCCUGAGAGAGGCUAUCACCCGCACUGCGGAACAUUUCCACUGCCUGGACCCCCGACAUUGCACCAUGGACUUGACUCCAGACUACUCUAUGGAGUCUCAUCAGAGGGACCACGAGAACUUCCUGGUCGUAUCUCGGAAUCGGAGGAGGCGGGCCAAGGCCCUGCUGGAUUUUGAGCGCCAUGAUGACGACGAACUGGGCUUUCGGAAAAAUGACAUCAUCACUAUCAUCUCCCAGAAGGAUGAGCACUGUUGGGUGGGGGAGCUGAACGGUCUGAGGGGUUGGUUUCCUGCUAAAUUUGUCGAAGUCUUGGAUGAACGGAGUAAAGAGUAUUCCCUGGCAGGAGACGACUCUGUGACGGAGGCGAUAACAGAUUUGGUCCGGGGUACGCUGUGUCCAGCGCUGAAGGCCAUUUUUCAGCAUGGCCUAAAGAAGCCUUCAAUACUUGGAGGACCCUGCCACCCCUGGCUUUUCAUUGAGGAGGCAGCCAGCAGGGAGGUUGAAAGGGACUUUAACUCAGUCUAUUCUAGACUGGUGCUCUGCAAGACCUACAGGUUAGAUGAAGAUGGGAAGGUGCUCACUCCUGAGGAGCUUCUGUACAGAGCUGUACAGUCUGUCAAUAUGAGCCAUGACUCCGCUCAUGCUCAGAUGGAUGUCAAGUUCCGCUCGCUCAUCUGUGUGGGACUGAAUGAGCAGGUCCUGCACCUGUGGCUGGAGGUUCUGUGCUCCAGUAUAAACGCAGUAGAGAAAUGGUACCAGCCCUGGUCUUUCCUGCGCAGUCCCGGCUGGGUGCAGAUCAAGUGUGAGCUCAGAGUUCUCUCCAAAUUUGCCUUCAGUCUCUCACAAGACUGCGAAUUGCCUGCCAAAAAAGAGGAAAAGGAGCAGAAGCCCCUGAAGGAGGGGGUUCAGGACAUGCUGGUGAAGCAUCAUCUCUUCAGCUGGGACAUCGAUGGUUAGACUGCAGUUCAAACCCACAGCGUGUGAGAUGGACACCCUCACUCGUCGUAACCAAGGGCAAAAAAAUUAAACGCAGGAUCGGAGGAGGUGUUAGGAGUGAUACUGAUUUUUGUGAAACACUGUACAUAAUCAUGUUGCAGUAGUGAGUGUUCGAGUGUACAGAUACCAGUGUGUCUCACCAGUGGCCAGUUUUGUGCACUCGCACUUAUUGGAAAAGUCACCGUUCCGCCUGUAUUAGAAACUCUAGGUAUAAGCAGAUUUUCUCUCUGAGAAAAGUCAAUGUUGUCUUCGAAAAUUGCCUCCAUCGCACCCUGUGGUGAACUAAAAUGUACAUACCUCCAUUAAAAACACUGGUUUUGAAAUUUUGGACGCUGUGUGAGAUGAAACGUCCAGUGUGCAGCAGCCUUUAGUCUAUUAAUGAACACUAUUAUAUAACCACAGCAGUUGCUAAAACUGUUGUCUUCUCCUGGCAAAGCAACAAACUACCACAUUUGUCAAAGCCUGCUGGUCAGUGUGGGUUUUUUCGGUAUUCUGGAGAGGCUGUCAGUCUAACUGUGUGCAACAGGGUGUGAUGGCAGCGAUUUUCAAAAACUCCAUUAAUUUCUGUUAGACAAAACCAGCUCAGACCUGACGUUUCUAAUAUAGCCAACUACAGAACGACACGACUUCAGAGGUUUGUACCUCAAAAUGCAUAAAAUCUCCACAUUCCUUCACCAGGUUUUGUCUGAAUUUGAAGUUCCUCGCUGAGGACAGGGAGGGUUUUAUCCUGGAUGGCACUACUAAGGGCAUGCACAGAGCGAUGAAUGAACUUUCUUAAUACACUUCUGUGGAUAUUCACGUCACACACGCUCACCUCGUUCAGCUCCUUAGACAGUAGUCCUACCAGUGUUUGUGUAGGAUUAGCCCAGUGUCUGGCGCUUGCCUUGUUUUUUGCACAGCACCACUUUGGGGUGUUAAAAUUUGCACCACGAGCUCUGUAUAUAAUGUAUAUUCAUUUCGGAAGUGAUGUUUGUUCGUGUUUGGUCAUAUUUCACUGUUGUCGGACCACUUUUCAAGAAACCAUUUCAGAAGUCCCGUUUUGGACUGUAUUGAUGACUGACGACUUUAAAUCACAGUUAGCAUUAAAGGGGAAUUACACCCAUUUUUCCUAAUUUACACGUCAUUCAUCAUUCAAGUUUACUUUGGAUACUACUUGUAUACACUGAUCAGGCAUAACAUUCUGACCACCUCCUUGUUUUAUUGCUCAUUGUCCAUU